AUGGCGGCGGCUUCAGGCCAUAAUGCGCGCCUGCUUGCGCUCGCGCUCGCGCUCCUGCUCGCCGCGCUGCACCUGCACGGCGUGGUGUGUGACCCCAGCCAUACUCACUUCGCCAUGGUGUCGCGCAAUGCGCCGUCGUGGAGGCCCGAUCGCGGUGGACAAGGGAAGAGGCGGCGUCGCUGGAUAAGUGUGGCUGCCCGCCGGCAGCCGGCGCCGUCGCCGGAGGACUUCCUGAACGAGAACCUGCAGGCGCUGUACCCGGUGAUCCAGGCGUUCAAGGCGACCAUCACCAGCGACCCGCGCGGCGUGACGGCGUCGUGGGUCGGCCCCAACCUCUGCGACAGCUACUUCGGCGGCGACAUGUACAAGGGCUUCUACUGCGAGCACCCGCCGGCGCCGCCGGGUGCAACGACGCCGAAGGACAACACCACGCUCACCAUCGCGUCCAUCGACUUCAACGGCUACGGCCUCGGCGCGCCCAGCCUCUCCGGCUUCGUCGACGCGUUCCCGGACCUAGCGCUCUUCCACGCCAACUCCAACAACUUCUCCGGCGAGGUCCCCGACCUCACCGGCCUCCCGUACUUCUACGAGCUCGACCUCUCCAACAACAACUUCUCCGGCGCGUUCCCGGCCACCGUCGUCCCGCUCGGCCGCCUCCUCUUCCUCGACCUCCGCUUCAACCGCUUCGUCGGCACGGUGCCGCCGCCGGUGUUCGACCUCACCGUCGUCGCGCUCUUCCUCAACAACAACGGCUUCUACGGCAACAUCCCGGACAACUUCGGGAGCACCACGGCGGAGUACCUGGUGGUGGCCAACAACCAGUUCACCGGCCCGAUCCCGCGCUCCAUCUACAACACGUCGGCGAACCUCUCCGAGGUGCUCUUCCUCAACAACCACCUCUCGGGAUGCCUCCCCUACGAGAUCGGAUUGGUGGAGGGGCUCACCGUGUUCGACGCCGGCGGCAACGACAUCACCGGACCCAUCCCGCUCUCCCUCGGCUGCCUGGGGCUCGUCGAGGAGCUCAACCUCGCCGGGAACCAGCUGUACGGCCACAUCCCCGACGUGCUCUGCGCGCUGGCCAAGACCGGGAAGCUGCAGAACCUCUCCCUCUCCGACAACUACUUCCACUCCGUCGGCCGCCGCCAUUGCCUCGAGCUCGUCCGGAGCAAGGUGCUCGACGUGCGCCUCAACUGCAUCCCCAACUUCCCCCACCAGCGGCCGGCGCUCGAGUGCGCCCGCUUCUACGCCGACCCGCCGCAGCACUGCCCCUUCGUGCCGCACAUCCCCUGCGACCUGCCGGGCUUCAGGCCGCCGGCGGCGGCGUUGCCUUCGGCUGUGGCAGCUGAAGAAGGCGGCGGCGGCGGAGGUGGUGGCAACUGAACUGAUCAGCGAUCACCAACUUUGUCAGCGUUUUGUCGUUCAGAUCGCAUGAUUCCAAACUUUGUAACUGUUGGUCAAUAAACGGAAAACGGCCUACCAAUUUGUGCCGCAAAUCUCAGCCUGACGCAUUGCUGACAACAAUCUGAUAUCACAUCGCAAUAAGAGGGAAGGAUGCAAACACGAACAUUCUUGCAUCCUUCCAUUGUAUCCUUACAAGUAAUCAGUGUUCUGAAAUUCACUGAUCAGAUGUACUAGUUGUAGCUAUAUUUCGACAGAAGUGAAUAAUGAGAAUUUGGAACGGUAAAA